AGGAUUUGCGCACGCACAACCUCGACCCUUCUCAACCCGCCCGCAUACGAAAUCCAAAUCCUCUUACUCGAUCCGCACUUGUUUUGUUCCAUCAUAUCCUAACCGUAAGUUCGCUGUGAAAACCACGCCUACAAUCAAUCAAUAGCUACUAGGCAUCAUCUUCAUCGAAGGUUUCCUUCUUGCCCCGACGCCAUCCUUCAGUAUUGUACUGGCAACUCCGCCUUCUCUACUUCGUAUCCACUUCUUUCGACUACAUUGAGUUCAUUCUCAUCAACAAAUAUUCCACGACGCACCAUAGAACUAGCCCAUAAUGGCCCUUGUUCUCCCCAGUCCGUGAUAUUACACCUAUCUCUCUGUCAUUGUACAUUCGUAGGUAGCUAGCGGCAGGUCUAGUUGAAGAAACAAUGUCGGGGGACGGGGAGUCGCCGGAGGAGCUGGCUGCCUGGUCCGCUGGCCUAGGCGCAGAUGGCGACAAGGCAGCCGCAAAGAUGCAGGCAGUGCAGAGGGCAAAGCAAGCUCGUAAAGAAGUCGCUGAACUGAGGCAACAGAUUGCUGAGGUGAGCUCCUUGUUUUUUCUUAGCAGAAGUUGGUAAAAAGAUGUUACUGCUGUUGAGCUCAGGAGAAGUAACUUCCUCCACUGUAGUGUAAAAGCACAACAGAAAAAGUGGCUACUUUCCUACUUAAAUCCUAGCCAAUUUCUUGAGUGUGAGCGCACUUUUUCGCUUCAUAAUUAUAAGAAAGUGAGUUUCCUGCAAUUCUACUUUAGUACCAUUAUCACCCUCAUCAUCAACAUCAAAAACACUACAGACUGAGCUCCAAGCCCAUAAAGACGAGGCUGCAGCUGGUGACGAUGAGUCGCCAGAAGCACUGCAAGCCUGGACGGAUGGGCUAGGCGAUAAAGCUGACAAGGCUGCUACAUCACUCCAAGCGAGAGCAAGAGCGAAGCAAGUACUUACUCCGGAUGUUUUUCGUAUAGUUGUAAUACAGCUAAUAAAUUCUAGAAGUUCUUGUACUAUCGUGCAAAUGACAUUUAAUGAAUGAAUCGUCAACUACCUCCACGAAUCACUUCCACUCUCGAGGCUCGCAAAGACGUAGAGGAGAUGAAGAAUAAACUCGCUAGUGCUGAGAAUGCCGAAGUUGCGGCUGCCGAAAAUCUCAUGGCGGAGAUAGACCCGGACAGUCCUGAAGAGUUAGCAAAAUGGACAGCGUCUCUUGGAGCUGAUGCUGACGCUGCCGCUGCCAAAAUGCAGGCCGUACAGCGAAGUAAGCAGGCGAGGAAAGAAGUGACCGCUUUGAGGAAACAGUUAGCCGAAGCAGAACAGCAACACGCGACUGCAGAAGACGAUGCUGAAUCACCAGAAAAUCUAGCGAAGUUUAUGAACAAAUUUAUCUAAGUAGAUGUAGAUGUGUGUUGAAGAAAAGCAAAAGUAGUAAUAGUAUAGUACUCAAUGAAAUUAUAGCAGUAGGUGUAAGUAGUACUUCUAGUACUUCAAUGAAAUUAUAGCAGUAGGUGUAAGUUAGUAGUACUUCUACUUCAAAUCUUUAGUGCCUUGUUUCAUCUCUUAUAUUAAAGAAUCUCAAUCUUCUUCCUCUUCUAAUCUCGGGACAGCCGACCUUGGUGCAGAAGCCGACGCUGCCGCAGUGAAAAUGCAGGCGAGAGCGCGAGCUAAAAAGGCCAAGAAAGAAGUAGACGAACUCCGCCAAAAAUUAUCUGCGGCUCAGGCGGUGGAAGAUGCGGCAGAGGCAAAGCAGGAAGCUUUAGAUGACGAUGACCCAGCCGCGUUAGCCGAAUGGGCAGCUGGUCUAGGCGAUAAAGGCGACAAAGCUGCGAGCUUGAUGCAAGCAAGACAUAGAGGGUCUGCGGUACUAAUUAUUAAGUAUCUAUGUAUCUAUAAUAGAGUAGUCUAUAAUCUUAAUCUAUUAUUGAGUAUCUAUUAUUGAGUAUCUAUGUAUCUAUGGUUUUUGGUAUGGAACUCGUUCAACUCGAGCAACUCGAGCAACUCGGCCCGAUAUCGGGCGAAAAAAGUCUAACUAUACUAUGAGCGGGCUUAGUAUUAGUUACAGAUACAGAGUUCGUAUCUAGUUUAUGUAUAGCUUUAGCUACCCGAUAGUCCUGCUCUUGAUCAACAAAUGAUAAUGAUGUUUUAUCGCAAGUUAAUGCACAGCAUGACAACUUCUACAACUGCUUACUCGAUGGAUUAUCAUCAGUUGGUGUACGUGUAGGCUAUUCACAACAUUCCUCUUAAUAAAAAUAAGGCUCGAAAAGAAGUCGAGGCAUUGAAAGCUGCAAGGGAGGCUGCUAUUGCUGCUGGUGAUACUGAUGCAGCAGGAGUCGAUCCGGAAUCACCUGAACAGUUGGCUGCAUGGGCUGAAUCCCUAGGGGAUAAAGGCGAUAAAGCAGCGAGUAUGAUGCAAGCUAGGCAUAGAGGGACGGCAGUACAACUUUUUCUGCUUUUUAUUUGCUACGAACCAAUCCACACCUUGUUUGCCUACUUAGAUGGACAGCUAUCCCCAUCUCUGCCACAUUCUUAUGAUCACACUCUCCCUCCUGCUUGUCACUCAGGCACGACGAGAAGUCGAAGCGCUCAAGAAGGCUCGAGAAGAAGCUAUCGCAGGUGGCGACGCAUCCGCAGCUGCAGUAGACCCUGAGUCUCCUGAACAGUUGGCUGCCUGGGCAGACUCCUUAGGUGACAAAGGUGACAAGGCUGCCAGUAUGAUGCAAGCAAGACACAGGGGAACUGCAGUAGCUUUUUUUCCUUCUGCUUUUUUUUCCGAGUGUCUUUCGAUAGUGCAAAAGCAUGCUUCAUAUAAGGCUGUGGAGAGUUGUCCAACUCGUCCUUUUUCUUCACGUUAGUUUCACUUUCACUACGGUAGAAGAAACUACAAAUAGACCCUUUUUCCUUCUACUUCCACUUGAUUCAAAAACUUCUACCAAAAUCACGACAUCAGGCCCGCAGAGAGGUUGAAGCGUUAAAGAAAGCUAGAGAAGAGGCAAUAGCCGCUGGCGAUACUGAUGCAGCAGGAGUCGAUCCGGAAUCACCUGAACAGUUGGCUGCAUGGGCAGACUCCUUAGGUGAUAAAGGCGAUAAAGCAGCGAGUAUGAUGCAAGCUAGGCAUAGGGGAUCAGCGGUAUGCUGUCUGUCUUACAUCUUAGGACGAGUAUGCACUUUCUUAGUGUUAGAGCAGUAACAUUCACAUGCAUGAUGUUGUUGGUUCUACUUGCAGACGCGAAAAAGGCCGUCCAAAUCUUCAGACUUCGCUGUUUCUAUAGGAUGGAUGAUGUUCUGCAUCCUGUAGUUUGAUUUUUUACAACUUACAGUCCUAGUCCUUGCAAGUGCUAGAAAUCCAAAUCAGGCGCGCAGAGAAGUAGAAGCACUCAAAAAAGCGCGAGAGGAAGCUCUUGCAGCUGGGGAUACUGAUGCAGCAGGAGUUGACCCGGAAUCACCCGAGCAACUACUGGCUUGGUCUGAAUCCUUAGGUGAUAAAGGCGAUAAGGCUGCGAGCAUGAUGCAAGCAAGGCAUCGAGGCUCAGCGGUACUUUAUCAGUUAUGCGUGCGUCGUGAGUGUGCUGUAUUUUGUGAUACUAGAAGAAGCAAGAUUUUAGUCGAAAACGAAAUGGAACUUGAAAGAAUAUUAUCAAGAACCCAGAUUUAAGUCAGAAUAUCUUCUCCUAAUCUGAAGACGAAAGCUUACUCUUCAAAAGAAAAUCCUUAUCCAAAUGAAUGUCAACCACCAGGCUCGCAAAGAAGUUGAAGCGUUGAAGAAAGCUAGAGAAGAGGCAAUAGCCGCUGGCGAUACUGAUGCAGCAGGAGUUGAUCCAGAAUCACCAGAACAGCUGAUGGCGUGGUCUGAAUCCUUAGGGGAAAAAGGCGAUAAAGCCGCGAGUAUGAUGCAAGCUAGGCAUAGAGGGACGGCAGUACAACUUCUUCUGCUUUUUAUUUGCUACGAAUCAAUCCACAUCCAGGUCCACACCUUGUUUGCCUACUUAGAUGGACAGCUAUCCUCAUCUCUGACACGUUCUUAUGAUCACACUCUCCCUCCUGUUUGAUGUCACUCAGGCACGACGAGAAGUCGAAGCGCUCAAGAAGGCUCGAGAAGAAGCUAUCGCAGGUGGCGACGCAUCCGCAGCUGCAGUAGACCCUGAGUCUCCUGAACAGUUGGCUGCCUGGGCAGACUCCUUAGGUGACAAAGGAGACAAGGCUGCCAGCAUGAUGCAAGCUAGGCAUCGAGGCUCAGCGGUACUUCAUCCGUGAAUAGCGUAAGAUUCGCUAAAUUACGGAUUAUCACGACCAUUGAUUUCUUUUAUUUUGAUCACUUUCAUCUUGUUCUUUUCUGUGGUCUCCUGUACUACCUCCUUGAUAUUCUUGUUCUUGCUCUUCAACGACCUUCUACUUACUCUUUUCUGUCUCCUGUACUACCUCCUUGUUGAUAUUCUUGUUCUUGCUCUUCAACGACCUAGACCUUCUACACCUCCUCCUUGAUAUUCUUUUUCUUGCUCUUCAACGACCUAGACCUUCUACUCUCUUCAAUGAACUACACAGGCUCGCAAAGAGGUGGAAGCGCUUAAGAAAGCGCGCGCAGAUGCCAUCGCAUCAGGCGAUACCGCAGCAGGUGCAGUCGACCCUGAUUCCCCAGAAGCUCUUGCCGAAUGGGCUGCAGGUCUCGGCGCCGAUGGCAACGCUGCUGCCCUCGCCUUGCAGACGCGACAACGCGCAAAGCAGGCGAAGAAAGAAGUAGAUACGCUGAGGGCGCAACUUAUGGAAAAGGAAAAGGCUGCGGCAGACGCGGUCGAUCCAGAAGAAUCACCAGAAGCACUAGCAGCUUGGACAGCAGGACUAGGCGACGACGCUGACAAAGCAGCAGCUAGAAUGCAAGCAGUGCAGAGAGCAAAAAUUUAUGAAUCGGAUUUUUUUCAUUUUCUGUAACUGUAUGAAGAUCUACUAUAAUAUAGUUCUUUUUACUUACAGCGCAUGCACGACUUGCGCAUGGUAUUUUCGAAAUUGAUCAACACGACCUUGUUGUCUGAAUUUUCUAAUAGCCGGCGAAAAGGGAAGUCGCGGAACUACGAGAACAGCUUGCAGCGGCUGCUGUGGAGGAGUCAAAAGCUGCCGCAGCAGAGGAGGAUAUCCCCAGUGAUGACUCCCCAGAAGCCUUGGCGGCUUGGGCCUCCUCUCUAGGCGACAAAGGCAACGCUGCAGCAACGAAAAUGCAGGCGAAACAGAGACAGAAGCAAGCCAAGCAAGAAGUUGAAAAGAGAAAGCAAGCGAGAGCAGGAAACGCAGCUCCGUAUGAGAGACCAGGUAAAAAGAGUUUGGAGGCUUAUUUUGUAGACGGAGAACGUGAACGCAAGGGUCUUUCUAGAACUAGAUCCAUCUUCAUCAUGGAUAAUUUUGAUACGUGGUUGUAGUUCGUUGAAAUUAUCGCAAGAACACGUUUGUCUUUGUAACUCAUUUACUGUACCAGAACCAGAAUUUUUAGGAGGUUUACCCUGGUGCUGGUGCAGCAUCAUGUUAACCAUGUUUAUCGUUGAAAAACUCUUAUUGUUUCUGUUCACACCUCCUAUUGCAGCUUGCCCAUACCUUCAUCUUCGAUCUUCCACUGAAUAUAAAACCCUCCCUCAGGUGACAACAUUCCAGAACCGCCAACGCCGGAACUUCAACGUAUAUUGGAGAAAAGUAGUUCAAGUGGACCUCGAUUUGAAGACCCUCGAUUACCAAAACGCGAAAGCUCAGUGUAUAAACCUAAACGUGAAAGUUCUAAACCUAAACGUGCUGAAGAAAGUUCUAGUUCGAUAUACUUCCGUGUCUGGAAUCGUCGUCUAGGUCUGUGGGCUUAGUAGAAUUUAUAGUAGGAGAGUGGUUCUUGUUCUUGCAGAAGAGUAUUGUUCUUAGUAGAAUUUGUAGUAGGAGAGUGGUUGUUCUUGCAGAAGUUAUUUUGGUAACUACUCUUUCGUCGUGGUCGUAGAGGAAAGAAGAGCAGUGAAAAGGCAGUGGCAGCAGGCGUGAACCUUGGCAGCGCGAGCAUGACUAGAUCUUCAUGAUCUUGUGAAGCUGUAACUGCAGAAACGGUGAAGCCGAGCCAGUUCUUGAAGAACGAUUUCGAAAUCGAUGACCAAAUGGUCUUCCAUUCGGAUUACGAUCAGCGCGUUCUCUAAUAAUUUUCCACGCCCCAUUAUCUUGCUUUCCCCAUUAUCUUGCUACGUCGUGGCUCUCCCUUAUAGUUGAGGAGAUUCUUUUCGUGUACAAAAGCUUGAGCCGCCAAAGCACCGGAACGCCAAAUCCAAAAGAACAAUAUCGUUGACAUUAACUACUUCCUCGUCAUUUCUACGUCGUUAGAAAAUGUGUUCCCCCUUAACUACUUCUUCGUGCUGUUGCUGGUGAGACAACAACGUGAAGAUGCAGCAGAUGGAAACGUCGUAUCAAGUGUCAUCAUCUUCUGAAAAAACGAGGUAGUUUACGUCAUACAACUACAACCUACUGUACGAAUGGUACCAGAAGAACCAGUAGUAUUGAAAACUAAAGGUAAAGCAGUACUACAACGAAUACCACUAGCACUACGCACGACUACUCGCGCUGCAGCAGCACAUACUACCGCAAUAGUAGCCUACUACAACUACUUCAGAACUAAAGCACAGCAACGUGCUCUAUUUUUCUUUAGGAGCGAAUUCCAAUAACGUCCAACUUUUUUUACGCUGAAGCUCGACCUCGAUCCAUCCAUCCAUCCAACAGGUGGUUCUGCGAGAACUCGUUUAUCCAAAAAGGCGGAUCGGAAUCAAGUUGGGUUCAACCAGAACCCACGAAGAAGAUGUUUCCGGAGGGCAAGCCAGUUGCGGACCUUAAAAGUCACGUCUUAUCUAGCAAAUACCUCAUGGCUGCAAUAUCAUUCGCCGCAACAAGACCUGAGCUUUUGCAAAGGAUAUUUGGAAGCGAAUUCAAUCGUAUGCAUUUAAGUAGAUAGUGAUGCUUUUUGCAGUUGGUUAAUAAUGAAUGAUCUCAAUGGGCUUUCUCGGGUGCUUCAUCAACAUCAAGAAAUCAAAAUUUCUCAUUCUUCUCAUUGCAGCUAGAUAAGAUUAUUACGAAAAAAUACAAAAACUCACCACUACACAGUGCAAUGGCAGAGUAGUGGUCUUGUGGUUUUGCAGGUUUACAGGAAUUUCGAGUGGCAGAACGUAACCCUUGACUGCAAUUUCCCCGGUGAGGUGUUAGAUAGCAACACUGAGUUGUGGGGUGCCUUUCUCGAGAAACUGUUUGCGAAGGAGUAUGGGUGCUAUGAGAGUUCCCAGAUGUUCUUCGACAAUGGAGGUAUGCAAGCCUUUGAGACAGCGUUGUUGAUGCUCUCAGGUGGCUGUCUAGAAAAUAGAAGGGAGAAACCAGAAUGGGCGUCUUUGCAGCAAAAGUUUUUGUCUGGUAGUUUGGUGACAGUCCUGAGCACAGCGAAAAGCGAAAAGCUGGGUCUCUUGCCCGAAUCACCAUAUCUCUUAUGAAGGUUCGUGUUGACUGUUGAAGUUGAUGAAGAUGAUGAUGUUGUUAUUUAUUACUAGUUCUUGUUGUAGAAGUACAACUUGUAAUAAAUAUGGAUUGCAGGGGAGGACGUAAAUUUCAAUAUUUCGUCGAAGUAGACGGAGACGUAGAGGUAGAUGCUGAUUUUCUUGAUCUUUCUCCUCACAAUUUUUUUGAAGAUACCGAUUCUGGUCGUGGUCGUCAACUACUGCUCUACGUUUACAAUAUGUAGACUUCCAUCUUCACCAUCUCCCCCUCAUCUUCCUUGUCUAACUCCCAUCGUCGAUAUGGUCGAAUCCCAUAGUUUUCAGCUAGUCAGGUUGAGAAACCCUUAUGGCGCAGAGUACAACUGGAAUGGUACGAUUGCUUGGGGAAAGAAAACAGAUGUGCGUGACAGGAUUGGUGCGCACCAGGAUAUGGGAGAUGGCACUUUUUGGAUGCCAUGGAAAGAGUUUGAGAAAGCCUUCGGAGACUUCCAGACUCUGUGCCGGUUAUUCAAAGCGGAUUAUCGUACUGUUUUUGACGUAGACGUGGAUGAGAUCAUUAUAAUUUGUGUUUGUAGUAGUCGAUUCUUCAGUUUUCGUUUUGGCGGGAGGCAGAUAUUCAUCCCAUUUCAUGAUCAAGCUACCACUUCUUCUUCUAGCACAACCACGAGGACAUAUUAAUCUCUAUUCCUAUCGACCUUCAUCUUCCUCGAUCAUGUUCUCACAACUACAGAUCAAUACGCCCUAUGCGCAUCAUGGGACGACUCCAAGGGUCAAGCUCCGACCGACCCAGACUUCGUGUCAAAUCCGCAGUACAAGAUAACGAUAACAAAGCCGACGACGCUGUUCGUGUCGUUGACGCAGCAUGCAAGUUCACCUCAAAACCAGAUACAGAUGGUAUUGAAGUUGCUCUGAGACAGGCGGGACACCCUUAGUUACUACAUGUUAUAGUCCAGACACUCUUCGAAGAUGUAUUAAUUUCAAUUUCUAUGGGGGCGAAGACAUCAAUCACGAUGAUUGAUGUAUAAUUGAUGAGCAUGCUGGGCGUAUGUAGGCGUCCAGCUAGGAUCCAGCGUUCAUCACCUUUACCUUAUUUAUAGUAAACUUCCUAACAUUCGUCUUCCUCUUUCCCAGAUAAUGUACAAAGCGAAGGGGAUGCCGGUUUUGUGGGAAUUUCCAGAUGGAGAGAUAGCUGCUGUGGGGAAGACACUGCAUUCCGAAGUUAAUUUCGAAGCGACCAUCGACCCAGCGGCAUUAGGCUGCUCACAGUUUAUCUUGGUAUAUUGAUAUUUACAUGGUUAAUCAAGUCGAAAUGUGGAAGAAACAUACAUGUGAUGUUGAUAGAUUGUCUCUGCUUCUUUUGAUUUUUUGUUGGUUUCGUAGUUUUUCGAGGCUUGUGAGUGGUAUUGUUAAUCUAACACGACACAUGACGAUGAAGAGAAGGAGCAAUAGAAAAAUUCAACUUUAUCUCCCACUUUAUCUCCAGAUUCCAUUCCAAGCCACUGCCAAGCCUGAAGCCGGUAAGCAGUUUUGCCUCCGUUUUUUCGCGGAUAAUGAAAUUGGCAUCGACUUGGUCCCGAAGCUGUAUAGGACAGUUUUCUCAGUCGAAUUCAAGGAUAGCAAUAGCGGAGGCAGAAGACAGAAGAAGGACGCCGAAACAGGUGCUAUCACUGACAACCCAGGCUGGGGUCGAAACCCGCAACUAGUGCUCGCCUUCAACAAGCAAACAACAGUGAAAGUAGUGGUUGAGCGAAUAGUAGGGAGAAAAAAACCAGUGGGUGAAAUUGGAGCGACCCUGUGUCGGCUAGUCCCGGCAUCGCAACCAGACAAAAGUCUUGGAAGAGUGAAGAAGUUAAGGCAAAACAAAGCUUCCCGUGAUUUGAAAUUGUACUUCUAGAUCUAUCAUCGGUAGGAAUAGAUCCCGAAGGAGAGCAAGUUCAUCUUCAGAAGCAUAUCCAUAUUCCUGAAGGACAAUGUGUUUUCCUCUCCAAAGAGAAGCCAAAGGCUCUACCGGCAAGAUGCUUUCCAGCCUCUAAUCAAAGGGUUGCUACCUGACGAAUCCCAGAAUGCGAAAGGCAUGAACGAGUUGGACGAGACGUUCUUGAAGAGGAAACUGCAAAUCAUGCCCAAUGACUGGAUGAAAGAAGCGCCGUUCUCAGAAGACAAAACUUGUGCUUAUGGUCGAGUUUCACUUAUUGUCACCUAUUUUCGCUUGCGCUUAUACUCUUCAAGAAUAGAAGAAGCGACAAUAAGCAUUGGUCUACUAAUAUGAUUACCUCCCUUCGCUCUAGUUGUAGGCAUUCCCCAUCGACCUCGUAAUCGGAUUAACAUGGAGAUGAUGAUCAUGAAAUCGAUCGACAUCAAGUGCAACUACGUAUGUUGAAGACUCUUGUCAAUUUCGCAAAUUUGUGUCUUCUCAUUUUCAACAACGUCACAAUGUCUACACAUGCACUUUUUUAGAAAGAUAUUAAUAGCUCCUUUCGCCUUACCAUUUCCAAUUCCAUCACGAUCACCUUGUCAAAAAUUACCAAGAAGCUUUUCUCUUCUAACUCCCCAUCGCUCAAUCGGCGCCAGUUGCCGGACCACUCUGCAUCGUGCCUAGCUUGAGCGAGGAAGGCCUGGUUGGUAACGCUACAGUGACCGUUUACUCCGAUAGGGAGAUCUACAAGCAGUGCCGCCUAGCCGACCAACAGCAUCCUCUGAUUACUUCAGAAUGGACCGCUGAUAGUGCAGGCGGCAGCCACUUGUACUACCCACCAUACGAACCGCCGAAGACCAGUAGCUGGGGAAAAAAUCCUGCGGUCUACAUGAGGCUUUUGAAUUUAGGGAUUCAACAAGCGCAGACGAUGACGAAGACAAUCGGUCUAGACAUUUAGACCGUUGUUUCCGAGCCAGAAUCAGAAAUCAACACAUUCUGCUACUCCUGAGAUGAAGCAUGUCCACAUGCAACGAAAGAACUACGUUGUACUUAAUCUGUAAUCGUGUAAGGAAAAGUUUUUUCCCGCACAUAGUAGAUUGAUGUGAGAUCCAAAGAAAUUACACCUCAAACCUCAAGCCCCUUUCUCCCUUCUAACUUGAGACAGCAAGAACGUGACGAUUUUUCUCGCACGCUGCGAGAAAACGUGGAGACAGAAGAUCGCCAAAGAUGCAGUUGGGUGCAUGCUUGGCUUCUACGUAAUGCGAUUGCAGUUCGACCAGCAUAAACAAAUCGUCAUUUCAAGGGAUCUAGUGUUAAGGCAAGACCAAGAGUGAGUGUGAGUAAGAGAAACCGUCUAAGAGUAAGAAUACCUUCUAAUUCCAUCAAGAAAGAGUUAAGGCUAUAACGUUCAUGUCGCUUGCUCCUUCCUACAGCAGCGUGAGUAUGAGGAAGGAUAUCCUCUACUACUUGUUCCACCUAAGUGGUUUUAGUUAGUUUUAGUACUACUAGAAGAGGAAACAAGAGACUGAGAUGAAGACCUCCUCAGGGUGUCUACUGUCAGAGGACCUCAGGACUAGUACUAGUGUCAGCAGGGAAGGUCACACGUCAAUCAACGCUUCUGGGACUAGUACUAGUGUCAGCAGGGAAGGUCACACGUCAAUCAACGCUUCUGGGACUAGUACUAGUGUCAGCAGGGAAGGUCACACGUCAAUCAACGCUUCUGGGACUAGUACUACUGUCAGCAGGGAAGGUCACACGUCAAUCAACGCUUCUGGGACUAGUACGAGUGUCAGCAGGGAAGGUCACACGUCAGUCAACACUUCUGGGACGAGUACUAGUGUCAGCAGGGAAGGUCACACGUCAAUCAACGCCUCCAAGACAACUCCAGAAGCUCAACCUCUAACAUUUGUCUAUGAAACAACUUUUGCGGCGUCGCAUGAGAUCGCGCUAGACGUGCCCUUGCCAGCGGGAAACUAUCUUUAUGGUCACCAGCGUUUGUUCAAAUCUGUAAUUGUCUCAGCAUCUCGAUACCCUUACCCGCCCAUGAAAUACCCUCUCUCCAUGAUCUGAAAUAUCAUUAUACAAGUGACGAAAUAUGGCACCUCUAUCGAGAUGAUGUUAGGACCAAGUAGACAGAUGAAGAAAUAAAGGCGACUCUAAUGCCCUAUUCUGCCAUGCACCUACGACCCGAACAAGACUGGACCUUUCCUGGUUUACGCAACUACCAUGGACGCAAUGGUCGAGUUGAGUAAUACACCGCCAAUGCUAGAGGAAGAGCCGCCCCUGGAAAACUAG